AUGUCGGGCGUUACUCCUCCCGUCGCUCCUCCGGUCACGCCUGCUAAUAGCAAGCUAAAGAUACCCUACAACACCCCCGUCGCAAGGAACGCGGAUAAUGACCAAUUGUUUGGACUUGACCCAAAGCACACUUCGGCGCGGAACAGACGAUACGCUAUUGAGGCUCAGAAGUUUUUUCUGGGGCCGAUGCCGGCGCAAGACUUUCUGGACGACUUUCUCCCAAGAUUCUCUAAGAAAGGCAUGCCCUCCAGCAAGAACGCAUUCAAGCACGUUCCAGAAAUGGCGUCUCGCGAACAGAACAUUUACACGCCUUUGAUAUCUGCACUCAACGGAGACGGAAAGAAGAAAAUGUCUCGAUGUCCCGGCUUCGUAUUUGACCAAACAUCAACUAGGGAAGAUAUCGUUGGUGAAGCGAGAGACAGGAAUGGCAGACCACGCGCUCAUCUUGGUUACGCGGAGCUAUUCUUCGAGGUCAAAAAGGACCCAAAGCAGGACUUUUUCACAGACCCCAAACCUGAUGCUGACCGUGCCUCUCAUCAGUUUAUCUUGAACAUUCCGAACGAGAGAACACGCCAGGAAGCUCUGGAGGCGCUUGGUCAAAAUGUUGCAUAUGCCACCGAGGCUUGCGCUCGGCAACAUCGCACGUUCUACUUCUCAGUGUCAGUGUCCGGUAGCCAUGCUCGCCUUAUUCGCUGGGAUCGCGCGGGAGCGAUCGUGACCGAGGGCUUUGAUCUCCACCAACACCCAAAGUUUCUGUGUGAAUUUCUUUGGCGAUUUUCUCAUUCCACGGACGCGCAACGGGGAUACGACAUGACAAUCGAGCCAGCGAGCCCUGAAGAGGAAGUGUUAUUUAGAAAUGUCAUCACGACGCAUGUGCAGGAGCAGUUACUCGAAGACGUCAAAGACGCCAAGGCACUGAAGCAGGCUGUCGACGAACACUAUCUCUCGACCAGAGUGACGGCUGUCAGGGUUUAUGAUGAAUCGACCCCGAGUCACAAUAUUCACAGGUACCUUAUAUCCCGACCGGUCGUGUCUCCGCUGUCUAUGACUAGUCGGGCAACACGUGGAUACUGGGCUGUUCGCGAAGAUGGUAGAAUUGCGUUCUUGAAGGACACUUGGCAAUGUUCGGGAGAGGACUUUGAGAGGGAGGGCGAUAUCCUGAUUGGCUUGCACCAAGCUGAGGUGCAAAACAUACCCGAGCUGCUGCAUCAUGGGAAUGUACCCUCUCAGUUGGAGCCUUCCGUUCCGAGCCAUUCUACAGGGAAGCGAAAGCAGUCGGCAAUGGACGACGUUUCGAUUCAACGGUCACUCACCGAUCAAUACCUCGAUGCCAAGUGGUUGUGUACAGGCGGCAUAGAUGAAGUCCCACGGCGUAUUGUGACUCCUCGCGUCCACUACCGUAUAAUAUUGGGCACCGUAGGCUAUUCCCUCAAAACUUUCAGAGGUACGGAGGAGCUAUUGUAUUCCACAUAUUGCGCCUAUCAAGGUUGA